GCGGAGAGGCGCGUCGCUGGGCGAUUGAGGAAUCUUGAUCCUGGUGGGCCACCAUCCCGGAAGUGGAAUGUAGAGGAAGCAAGUGCUAGGGUUUCUGGGGAAGCAUAAGUUCUUGAGAUUCCAGGUGCGGAUUCGCAGAAGUCUUUUGUGGCCUGUGUUGGCCAGGACGGACUCAGAGGCUUUCGUCACUUCUGAAGGCGCUAGCUUCCCUGCUGAGCUGCACCUGUUCGUGGUGGGGCCGAAGGCAGCUCGGAUGAAUGAACCUCGGGCUUCCGUUAAGAACCCAUCCGAGAAAGGCGGUCUGCGCUCUUCCUCCGUGGCGGCCUGCGGGGUGCACUGAUGCACUAGUGGCUUAGCAUGGCUCAGCGAGCAGUGUGGCUCAUCAGCCACGAACCCGGAACUCCACUUGGUGGCACGGUCAGAUUCUCCAGACGGUAUCCAACUGUUGAAAAACGAGCCAAAGUCUUCAAUGGAACAAGCUAUGUGCCUAUCCCUGAAGAUGGUCCCUUUCUUAAAUCAUUACUCUUCGAACUUAGAUUAUUGGAUGAAGAUAGAGACUUCACGGAGAGUCGUGAUAGCUGUUCUCGCAUCAAUAAAACAUCUGUGUACGGACUUAAAGUAGGAGGUGAAGAACUCUGGCCAGUUGUUGCUUUUCUGAAGAAUGGCAUAGUAUAUGCUUGUGUCCCACUAGUGGAACAAACUUUAUCCCCUCGUCCAGCACUCAUUAGCAUUAGUGCAGUUUCACAAGGCUUUGAACUUCUUUUUGGGAUACAGGAUUUUCUUUACUCAAGUCAAAGAAUUGAUACUGAGCUAAAUACAAAACUCAGCCAAUUGCCUGACUUGCUUCUGCAGGCUUGCCCGUUUGGAACUUUACUAGAUGCCAACUUACAGAAUUCAUUGGAUAGUAUCAGUUUUGCUUCUGUGACUCAUCCACAAAAGCAGCCAGCCUGGAAAGCUGGAACAUACAAAGGAAAACCCCAAGUUUCUAUUUCUAUCACUGAAAAAGUAAAAUCUAUGCAAUAUGAUAAACAGGAUAUAGCAGAUACAUGGCAAGUAGUCGGAACUGUCACUUGCAAGUGUGAUUUAGAAGGAAUCAUGCCAAAUGUUACCAUCAGCUUGAGUCUCCCCACCAAUGGAUCUCCACUUCAGGAUAUUCUAGUCCAUCCUUGUGUGACUUCUCUUGACUCUGCCAUUCUGACUUCUAGUAGCCUUGAUGCAAUGGAUGAUUCUGCAUUUAGUGGACCUUACAAAUUUCCAUUCACUCCACCUUUAGAAUCAUUCAACUUGUGCUACUACACUUCCCAGGUUCCUGUCCCACCAAUUUUAGGCUUUUAUCAAAUGAAAGAGGAAGAAGUACAACUAAAAAUAACAGUUAAUUUAAAACUUCAUGAAAGUGUGAAAAAUAAUUUUGAAUUCUGUGAAGCUCAUAUACCAUUUUACAAUAGAGGUCCAAUCACACAUGUGGAAUACAAAGUUAGUUUUGGCCAGCUCGAAGUAUUUCGAGAGAAAAGCUUAUUGAUCUGGAUUAUUGGACAGAAGUUCCCAAAAUCAAUGGAAAUUAGUCUUUCUGGAACUGUAACUUUUGGAGCCAAGAGCCAUGAGAAGCAGCCAUUUGACCACAUUUGCAUUGGGGGUACAGCAUAUUUAAAGCUUCAUUUUAGGAUCUUAGAUUACACACUUACUGGGUGUUAUGCGGAUCAGCAUUCAGUUCAAGUUUUUGCAUCAGGAAAACCAAAAAUAAGCACACACCGGAAACUAAUUUCUUCUGACUAUUACAUCUGGAAUUCUAAAGCUCCUGCUCCAGUAACAUAUGGAUCAUUAUUACUUUGGACACAUUGUGAUGCUUUUGAUUUUGUCUAGAAACCUGUCACUUCGGGAUAAUUUCUGAAGACAAAGUCUGCUUCCCGUUUGGUAGGUGACCUGUUUAAUGUUUUCCCUGUGUCUGGGAACUCCUUAGUGUAAUUAGCGACCUUUGAACUCCACAACUAAUCCUGAGCUAUUUUGUAUUCCUUACUCAUCUUUAAGGCUGGACCUUUCUUUUCUUCAGACUCCACUGCCACAAUUAAAGAAGAAACAGCUGCAUUUCAAAGGGAUUCCGAUCCAGAAGCUUAAUCGUGAUUGACAUGUUCUUAUUCUAAGCUAUAAGACACUCUUAAGAGUCCUUUCUUGGGUUAAAACUUCAAUCAUUUUCUAAAAAAUUAUCUCACUAUGGAUUUUAUUCAUUUUCUUUGAUAACUAUUCUUUGCAUUUUUUAACUUGAAAGAUGCUUUGCGUUUGCAGUGAAUAUGAGCACCUAUUUCCAAAGAUUUGGAUGGUAUCAGACCUACUCUAGAUGCAAAGUUGCUAAAUUCCUUUUGAGUGCAAAAUAUGAUUAUGAAAUCUGUUAUCUAUCAUAUAGGUGAUUAUUCUUCAGUAGAUCCAAAUGAUACAAAAAAUGUUAAAUUUCUGAAAAUGUGCUCCAGAAAAAAUGGUUCAUGAUUUUGGUGAAAUCCUUCUUUUCUAAACAAUAUUUUUUAAACUUUUUUAAGCCCUUACAGAGGUGGGCAUUUUUUAACUUUCUUAAAAUAAUUGAUUUAAAUAUCAGAUUUGAAGUAAAUAGCCCUGUCAGAAAUUCUUAAGAGAAUUAUUUGUUUAAAAAAUGUUUUCUUGAUUAAACAUUAGUCUGUCUUAUAAAAUUCUGUUUUACACCAACUAUUUGAGUUGAAAUUGUGAUUUUAUAUAUUGUAUAAUUUAAGAUCUCUCAAAACACAAUUUUGUACAUAACAACAACAGCUAAUGUUCUCCUUUUUUUUAUUAUAGUAUUUCAAACCACUUCAUAGCCAUUCAUAGACUCCUACACCACCCCUGGGCGGGAGGGAGGUCGAGUUUGCAUCCAGAGCCUCUGCAGGGACUGCUGCCACCGCAGAACGGUUGUUUCUAAGACAAAGGUCAGGAAAGGGAUGUUAAUAAACAGUCCUCAGGUUUAAGGGACUUUUUUAGGAUUACAUCUUAAAUUCCAACAAAUCAGAUUUAGGAGUUACUGAAAGUGAAAUUGAUCCAUCCCUCAUCCAAACUUUGCAAUACUUUCCUGUUCUGACAUCAUUUAGAUAGUUGGCUGUAUUAUCAGAUUAGAAACCAUUGUACCACGCUGCUGAAAGGAAAAGGAGGCAAAAAGCUAAACAUAGGAUAAAUUCUGAACCUUUUAACCUGGCUGAAGUACGUUGGUCCCUGUUAUGCAAAUACCUUCAAUCCUCUGCUAAGUUCAGUGGAAAUAAUUUUCUUGAAUGACAGGUUUAUUCAGCAAGGAUUCAGUUGGUGAUUAAUCCCCCUUUGAUCUAGGGUAUUUCACUUAACUACCAGUUACCUCGUUCUGACAAAGUGCAACUGAGAUUAGGGAGAUCACUAGAACACUACCAGGGUGUGCAUUUAUUCUCUCUAACCUUUUAAAGCAAGGGCCAAGAAUGCAAUUUAUUUUCAGUAUUUGAAGAUGUAAAGUCCUGUCUGCUAAGUUAGAAAGUCAAUUGAAUACCAAAUGAAGUUUAUUUCUUACGUAAUAGAACAAACAUUUCUUUUUUGCUUUGUCUAACAAUGAUUUUUAGGAAACAUAGGCUUUGAAAAAAGAAGAAAGACUACAUUCUAAGUAUAUCUUCUAGUUUUGUUUCAUGUACUAGAGAAUAUACUCAUUGACCCUGAGAUAGCCCAAAAAUCAAAGCAGUCACUACAAUUUAGGUUGAAAAAAUGCUUCAGUUUUAUUAAAUUGCAUGGUUUCUUCCCACCCUCCUCCCAUUUAAAAAGGUCAUGCUAUGUGGUAAAUCCAAUUGUGGAAACAUGUAAUACACAAGUAUUCAUCUUAAGACUUCUGAUUUCAAGGCUUUAUUUGUUAACUUUGUCCUUUCUUGAGGAAAACAACUUAUGUUCCCAUCAUAAGAAUAAUUGCGUUUACUUUCAGAAUGAAGAUUUUUGUUGAUAAAGAAAGGUAAAUGAUGCCAUUACAAGAAUACUUCUAAGUAAUUAUUUUAAAUUAUCAAACUAACCAUUUUCCACAGCAUUGUUUACUAUUUUUCUGCCUUCCUUUCCAUUUAGCUGUGUACCUCUUCUUCCAUAACUUUAAGACUGAAAUAUUCUUUGGAAUCUUGCACAAUAUUUUAAGAAUAACAUUUUAAGAUACAUUUUGUGCUACGGUUUCUCAAAAAAUUCAUCUUUAAAAACUUACCAUUGUCAAAAUUUAUCUUGCAAGAUAUCAAAUGUGUGGAUCUAUUCCGCAUAUAGUUUAAGACCCUUAAAAAAGAAACAAUAAUUUUUAACAAAAAUUUGUUUUUAAAUACUAAGUUAUUAUUAGUGAUUAAUGUUAUUAUAGACAGAGCAUUUUAAAUGCUUUAUAAUUGUUCAUUAUCCUAGUAGCAGUUUGCAAUACAAGUUAUGUAUUUACAUAAUUAUACAUUAUUUUGUUCCAAAGUCUCUGUGACCCAAUUUCUAAAUUGAAACAAUGACUCAAAGAAGUACCUCUAACUUCCCUGGGUACCACCCUCCCCUGUUUCAAUUUAGUAACCAAACUUUCCAAAUAUCUUUUGAUAGCCGGUUACUUAAUCACAGAAAUUGAGGAUCAGAAAAAAUAUAAGAUGAAAGGCAGGACCCCCUGGCUAUGUUGCUAAGAAAACUAGUAUUUUUAAUAAUUCACUAUGCAGUAAAUAUUUUUAAUGAAAUGUUGCAAUAUAUUUUGAAAUAUGUAU